ACGGGAGCGUAGCCAUUUUAGAAAAUCAAAACAGAGUGAAAAUUUCCGUACAGUCUCGGUUGCGGUGCGAAAAUAGUGAAUUUUCUUGCAGUGGAUCGAUUGUAAAAACGGUGGAAAAUGUUCUAAUCGGAUGAAAACCGACCGCUCAAAGUGGAACCAUGUGGUUACGGAGUGAAACCAGAGACCGGCGGCUACGAACGCGUGGUCCUCGUGUAACGGUUAAAAAUAAAAAGCAUGUAAAGAUUCCGCUGCCACCGUCGCCGAAUGCGAAAGCAGCCAAACGAAGCCCACCAUUAGCUACGACGGAAUCUACGGUUACCAGACGAGGAGGUUCCAAUGUUGUUUCACUUCCCGCAGCGAUUGUUGCCGGUUCUCGGUGCCGAUCAUCUGCAGCGGCUCUCAACGCAACGCCGAUACGUUCUUCUGCGCGGAUUGGUGUCAGUCGACUGAGCCCCAAGCAAGCGGUUAGGAAAAUUGGUAAAGGGUCUACACCGAAUGCCGAUGAAAAUGCGAUCCCUGAAGAUUGUAAGGAAAAUUGCUGGCAGGAUGGCAAUGAUCUCACUCUUUUUGAUUCCACCGUCAAUCUUAAAAACCAGUAUGAAGCCACGAGUCUGUACGGGAAGAAAGCAGAUGAGAUUGGUUCGCCAGAUGAUUGCAUCAAUCAGUUUGGUGUGAUAAGCUACGAUUUGACCAAGGGCUCCGUCGAGACCGUCACGUCGUCGCAAACGGUCGAGCAACUUAAUUCUAAAUGCAUAACUGAAUGCGAUAGCACGACAGAAAUUGACUGUGAUAUAAGUUAUCCUUCAACUUCGGGAUUCUGCAGUCGCUCGCCCAGAAAGUCACGGGAAAACUCAUUCACACCUGCGCCUCAACCGCAGGACGUCGUUGUUCCGGAAGUGGAUUCCACCACCGAUACCAUUCCGGACACCACGAACGAAUUGGAAGCAGCGGCAACUAAAAUCAUUUCCUCGUUCACAUCGUCAACGUCUGCAGCAUUAUCCUCUUCUUCAUCAUCGUCAUCCUCCUCGUCGUCGUCAUCUUCCUCACUGUCCUCCAGGUUCCAGCCGACCGGUUAUAGCAGCUGCUCAUCUGUAUCCGGAGGCGGCGUCGAUGAACAACCCGGCUCCAGUGGCUAUUCACCGAACGCAACAGCUUCGGAUUUGAUCUCUAUGUUUGAUGAUGAACAUUACAAAAAUUCUGCAGAACUAUGUCAAUAUACGGAUUUUCUGCCCUACAAUACGCUACUUACCCAGGCACUGCUUAACUGUGGCGAUGUGUCGAGCCUCAAUCUCAACUGCAAUCAAGUGCUUUCGGAGAAUAUCACAGCUGGUCUGAAUGAUACUGGGUUUUUGUCUUCGAUAAAUCCCACGGCGAUUGAGAAUCUGAAAGCCUUGACCAAUUUUCAAACGGUUGCGAUGGUCGACGAGGCAGGACCGAGUUCUAGUGGAGCCUAUUUGACCGAAAUUGGCCAACGGACUGACGACGAGUCCUCUGGUUACGCCGUUCAUCCUGGGUCGGAGUCCAUGAUUCAUAACAUUGAGUGUAACGAAACCAUCCCGAUGUGCGGUGACGAAGGGGACUCUGCGAUGCAUUUGGAAUCGGAUGAGUGUAUGGAUAAUGAUGAAUCCAACGAGGGUCAACAUGAGCAUGCAACAUGGGAAACGUUCGAUCCUUAUGUGUUUAUCAAACAUCUGCCCCCGCUCACAUGCGAGAUGCGUUCCAAGUGCCCCGCCCUGCCGUUGAAAACCCGGUCCAGUCCGGAGUUCAGUCUCGUACUCGAUCUCGAUGAAACAUUGGUGCAUUGUAGCCUGCAGGAAUUAUCCGAUGCCAGCUUUAAGUUUCCGGUGCUAUUUCAAGAGUGCAAAUACACGGUGUUUGUCCGCACCAGACCAUUUUUCCGAGAGUUCCUGGAGAAGGUAUCGCAGAUUUUCGAAGUAAUUCUAUUUACCGCUUCUAAGCGCGUCUACGCCGAUAAAUUGUUAAAUUUACUGGAUCCGGAACGGCGACUUAUCAAAUAUCGCCUAUUCCGAGAGCACUGCGUUCUAGUCAAUGGUAAUUACAUUAAAGAUUUGACUAUUCUGGGACGAGAUUUAUCAAAAACUAUCAUCAUAGACAACUCACCUCAAGCUUUUGGGUACCAGCUAGAGAACGGGAUACCCAUUGAGAGUUGGUUCAUGGAUCAGAACGAUUCUGAGUUGAUGAAAAUAUUACCAUUUCUGCUGCGGUUAGCUGAAAUGCGUGAAGACGUGAGGCCGCACAUUCGUGAAAAGUACCGACUUUUCUCAUAUCUACCACCAGAUUAAACUCAAUAUAGACGCAUGCCUUUGAAAUUGUAGGUUCAUAGUUAAACCCAUAUUGCAUCUCUUAGGCAAGUGUUUCUGUUGUUUCUCAUGAUUCUACGUCAUUCGGCCCAAUGAUAUUUGUCCGGAUGGCGUGUUUCUUCUUGUUCUGGUUAGCAUCAAGUUAAAAAACCAUCAAAGUGGAAAACAUAGAUAUCACGUAAACAUACACAUAAAAAAAAACAAAUAUUAUUCAAAAGUACACAAAUGAACAGGUUUGAAAGCUGAAAUUAUGAAAUCACACAUACACUAAAUUACUGGUAGAAGUUUAGGCGCCAGCAUACAUUAUAUGUUUAUUAAGAAUAAAAUGUGAAAAUGAUACAAACUCAACCGCAAAUUAGCCACAAAAACUAACGCAAAUAAUCGAUCAAUACAGAAUAAUGUAUUAGUAUAAAAGAAAAAUACAAUAAUGAGAUAUCGUACAUAAAUAGAACACUUUCCAACCCAAUUGUACAAGUUAAUGUUUUCAAUUCUACACAGUGGGUUUAAAAAUCCUUUUGAAUAAAACAACACAUAAGCAUUAAUAACAUAAGUUGAAAAUUUGUAAUAAAGCAAGUUAGCUUAAAAUGCAAUACAUUAAAGGAAGUAUCAAUACAAAUACAAAACAAAAAUUUACUAAGAAAUAACAUAUUUAACUAGAUUCGUAGUGACUAGGCUUGUAAAAAAGGCAUAACGAAGCAGAGCAACAUAUAGCGAAGCAACAUUCAACACAGUGAAUUUAGUAAACGAUUAUGUUGUGAACAUAUAUGAUUGUUUAUAUUGUCUUAUUGGUAAAAAAAAAGUUCAUUAUUGUUAUGAAUAAUUUGAUAUUAUUUUAUUUAUUAAAUUUAUCGUGUGCAUCAUUAGUGCUGUACCAUACGAUUCGUUUUUAGGAUGCUAAAUUUUAUAUAGUUGUAAUGUGUACAGUCUAAUGAAUGAUGGAAAUAAAUCGAACAAUUCAAAUUGAAACGUUCUUCAGUACUAUGGAACUCUUCUACACAAAAAACAAGUUCAACGAACUGUUCUGAAACUAUCUGCGCAACUUUUCCGUUUCCAUUUAAUAAAACUGAUGUUGCGUUUUCUUUAACGAAACCGCAAUAAAAGUGGAUUUUCGUCCCGUUUUGUGGUUCUAUUCUGUAGAAGCAGACUUCAACCGCAGGAUAGUUAAACUUUUGUUUAAACUUUGAAGGACCACUUUUCUAGGAUCCGCCCAAUUGCGGUUUAAUGAAAGUUGAAAAAAAAGUAAUGACGUUUCACUGAGCAGAACAAUCAAAGCAAAUUCAAGCUGUUGGAUAAAACAUUGAAAACUAUCGUGCAAACGAUACUGCUCGCAUAUUUAAAGGUAAAACAAAGAACGAACAAAGCCUAACAUGGAAAUAAAUUGAUUGAUUGUAA